AUGUUAUCUUCAAAUAAUCGUUAUAAAGAUAACCCUUCAACGAUUUAAUAUUAUAUUCUUCCAGAAGGUUGUAUUUCCUUUCUCUAUUCUUAGCUCUCUCCCAUACAAUCAUUCUAAAAAUUUCCUACAAUUCCAAUUUAGAAGCUUAAGGUGCUUGA